UUAGAAUGCUGCAGCAGGAGUGUAAUGAUACAUUCGAUGAAUAUAAAUAAUGUAUUGUGUGUGUUUCGACUAAUUUUCUUAAAGUUUAUAAUAACUUUGUGUUAUCUCUGUUAAAACGGUUCAAAUGGAUUUUUAAUCAGUUAAAAUUGUGUCUUAGAAGAAUGUUGGAUGUAUUAUCAAGUAUUUGCGCUGAAAAAUUUACCAUUCUUUGUGAAGAUAUACGACAUUGAAAUUAAAAAGAUUUGUAGUGAGGUGAAGUGAAAUUUAGUAUAGUAUGAAGUGCCGAUAACAAAAGACUUUAAGACGUACUUAAUAUUGUUUAUCGAAAUAUGAGUUGUUACUGUAGCUAUAAACUCUGUACGAGUCAUAACAAAUUAAGGUUAGGUAUGCGUCGUAAAUUGCAUAUUAUAUCCUCUCGAUACGUUACAUUGAUUACAUGAAACAACAUGUACAAUUCAGGUAGUUUAAGGACAACCUCUUUCAACAUUCUAAUGGUGCAUAUCGCCCUGUGCACAUAUUAGAUAUAUAAUUCUAAUAUCUACACGAUAUGUUUCUAUGCUGAUUACUCCAAAAGAUAUAAACAUGGCAGAUCGAGAUUAUGAAAUGGGUUCAGCUACAGAAACGAUGGUAAAUGAUUUUGACGAUGAACGCACUUUAGACGAAGAAGAAGCUUUAGAAGGUAGUGAAGAUUCUCACAACGAGUUGUCCAACUUGCAAAAGGAAGGUGAUAUGCCACUAAAAGAUCUACUUGCAAUGUACGGAUACGGAGAUCCGUCGACGGAAAAUUCGAACAGUUCGGAUCGAAUGUUAAUUCCAUCUGGAAGCGGUGAUCCGGAAGUCGAAGGACAGUAUUCGGAUAAGGGUGACAAUGAUGCGGACGACGACGACGACGAUGACGAAGCAGACGCAACUAGUAACGAGCCAGAUCUCAAACAAUUUUAUACAGAAAUGUUGGUGAAAGGAAAAGAUUCGACGUCCUUGGUAUCAGGAUCAACGAUAAAAGGAAGCGGUGCCAGUAGCGUAGGUACUGGAGACAAUAGUAGACGACAUAGGAUUCACGACGAUGAUGACGACGAUGAAGAAGGUGAAGCUGAAGAAUGUUCUAUGAUCGAUGGCUGUAGUAACAAUGAAAAUGCAAGAACGACUACAACGAUAGGAAGUACUGUUUCCGCUAAGUGUAGCAGUAUAACUGGACUUGGAAGCUGUACAACAGACGAUAAUACUGUUACCGGAGUAGAAGGUAGCGUCGGAAGUGGCACGGUAGACGGAGGAGAAGAUGGAAUAAUUAGCAGCGGUAUAGGCAGUGGUACUUCAAGGUUACUGCGAAGCGUAUCACGACCACAGAGCGAGGAGGAAGAAGACGAUUGCGAUUAUAGUCCAGAUGAAGAGGAUUGGAAGAAGACAAUCAUGGUUGGUAGCGAUUAUCAAGCAGCUAUACCGGAAGGUCUUUGUCGUUACGAUGACGCAUUACCUUACGAAAACGAGGACAAAAUGUUAUGGGAUCCCAGCCAUAUACCUGAAGAAGAAACCGAAGAAUUUUUAGAACGGGCACAGUUACCAGCUGUAAAAGGCGGUUCUCUACCUACAGGAUCUCACAUUAGAGACGACGAGCAAGCAUUGUAUCUAUUGCUACAAUGUGGUUACAAUCUUGAAGAAGCUUUAAGAAGACGUAGAAUGAACGUUGUGCCGCCUACGGAUGCAGUUAGCCUUUGGUCGGAAGAGGAAUGUCAUAAUUUUGAGUCUGGAUUGCGAAGUUACGGGAAAGAUUUUCAUCUGAUACAAAAGAACAAGGUCAGAACGCGAUCUGUUGGGGAGUUAGUGCAAUUUUAUUACCUGUGGAAGAAAACGGAGCGUCACGAUAUAUUUACGUUCAAGGCUCGUUUAGAAAAGAAGAAGUAUGCCUUGCAUCCUGGCAUCACCAGGGACUAUAUGGACCGAUUCCUGGAGGAGCAGGAGGGUGUUCGCGAUCGCAGCAGUUCACCGAAUGUUCAUUGUUUAUUGUACGGUGACGCCAAGCGACAAAGGUCAACCCCCAGCGUUGCGAAUAACGAUGAAUCAAAAGCUACGGAACCAUGGGAUAGUGCUGCGGUCGAUCCUUUAGCGGAUCUCAAUGGACCAACACCACCCCCACCGCCACCUCCACCUCCACCUCCACCGCCGUCAACGACAGCCACUGCCACCGUUUCACCUUCAGGUUCGGUUUCAACUCCAUUGACAACACCCGCGUAUUGUACUCCGUCGACUCGACAUUCGGACUGUCCAGUGUCCGACACCAGCUGUACUAUUUCACACGCUUGGCCGAACUUGACAUCUCGGAGUAAUUCUACCUCCUCCAUCGUGACGACGAUCACCAUCAAUACGACAACAGCCAGCACCACCCCGACAGUUACGGCCGUUGGAAUCGCGAGCACGGUUACAACCAGUUCCGUCGUCACAUCUGUUACCUCGAAUAAUUUUUAUCAUUCGCGAGCGACGUCGAGAAGCAACGAUUCCCACGAUUCACCAUCGCCAGAGAACAUUUUACCUCAUUUGCCUCCUUAGCGUCAAAUGCGACCUUCGGGUUUCCAGCCUGGAAGGCGUCAAAUGUCAAUGCGCGACGCGUUCAACUCAUCGAUCGCGUCACCGCUAUCAUCGUAACAUAUAAUAUUCGUUAAUAUCACGAAUUAUAUUUUUAUACUGUAUCGUAGUAUGACUAUCGAUCGCGGCAGCGAAAGGAGAUUUCUUUCGCUAAAUGAACAGAGAGGUAUUAAAAGUACGUUAGUUAACUGAAAAAAAAAGGAAAAAGAAAUAAGAAACAGUCGAAUGGUAAGUCGCAUGUGGACACGAAUUGCUAAGCUUUUUCCAUUUUCUGCUUUCUACUUUUCGAUAACUAUCUCUAUCGUUAUCCGUAGAUAAAGUUUAACGAAGAAACAUGAGUUUAAAUUAUUUACAUCCAUUCGCGUUUUCAGAUUUAUAAACGUUUAAGUGUUAUCCAAGCGAACAAACGAUCAAUUGCCAUCACAGAAUUGUAACACCGGGGGAAAUUUAUAAAGGGUAACCGUUAACGUUAUCUUAUCACGUGUCUGAGUGCUAACUGUACAAAAAUCCAGUUCCACGAUGCGGUCACAUGAAUCAGACGAAGUAAGAUCUCUCGAUAAUCGUUUGACAUGUUUAAAUUAAAUGAGAUUCGCUGAAAACUUGUUCCUUCUUUUAUUUGUAUCGAGGAAGCAUCGAAAGUGUCCAAGUGUCUUUAAAGAUCGAUACGAAUAUCGUUCGUUGGACACUUUUAUAGUGUCGACGGCAAUCACCCUCGAUUUAUUCUUUUCAUCAAACUUUUUUUAUCCUUUAUACGAUACCAAGCACGAAAAACUAUAAUAAAAAUCGUUACUUUAUUAAGAA